GGAGAGAGAGAGAGAGGAAGAGAGGAGAGCAAAAGAGGGGGGAGAGACAGAGGUGAGAGAGAAAGGGAGGAGAGAGAGAAGAGAGAGAAAGUGUGAGGUAGAGAGGGGAGCGAGAGAGGGGAGAGAGAGAUAAAGAGAGAGAGAGGAUCAGCUCGCAACUCCGUGAGAGAUCCGCAAGCGCAGCAGCGGCAUCAGUGCUGUCGACCCCUCCCCCUCACAUCCGUCGCAUAGAGCAGAUCCAUGUUAACGUUGCCAUCACCGGACGGGUGCGCUUCUAGAUGUUUCCAUCUUCAUUGAACAUCCUUCCCUCUCCAGUCCUUCCUAUGAAGGUCCACCAAUUAACUGUUCCCCAUGGAACGGUUUGAUCUCCUCACAGAACCACACAGAAGACACAUUAGAUCAUAUUUAGUCCAAAGAUACAAUUUAUUAGACGUAAAUGUGCAAGCAAAAGUGUCUUUCACACUUUGAUAUCUCGUCAGUGACUCGUAGGAAACACAAAGUCCCCCGUCGGCCCCGGAUGUUCUCCCAUCGUCCGUCCCUGCCGACCACAGCGAGGGCCUGAGGGGAAGAUGCUCCCGGAGUCGGCUCGCGGCGGAGACCCCAAGACAGACAGGCAGUGGAAGUCCCAGCGUUAGGGAGCCUUAGAAGAUACAUCUGACCCCCCCACAGUGUCCACCACACACAUCAGGCUCCUCUCCGCCCCGACAGGGACCCAUUCAGAGGGAUAAAGACAGUCAACCCCCCCCCCCCCCCCCCCUCAUCGACCAUGGCCGCCGUGACGAGCCCGGUGGACCCCGGCGUCGAGGUGAACCACGCUGGGGACUUCGGGGCGACCCUGGAGGACCUCCGGGACCUCAUGGAGCUGCGGGGGCCCGAGGCCCUGCAGAAGAUCCAGGAGAUGUACACGGACACGGAGAGCCUCUGCCACCGCCUGAAGACCUCCCCUACGGACGGUCUCUCGGACAACGUGGCGGACCUGGAGAAGCGCACCGCGGUGUUCGGCCAGAACUUCAUCCCCCCAAAGAAGCCCAAGACCUUCCUGCAGCUGGUGUGGGAGGCUCUUCAGGACGUCACCCUCAUCAUCCUGGAGAUCGCCGCCAUCAUCUCUCUGGGCCUCUCCUUCUACCAGGCCCCCGGCGAGGAGACUGAGGCGUGCGGGAACAUGGCGGCGGGGGGUGAGGACGAGGGCGAGGCGGAGGCGGGCUGGAUCGAGGGCGCGGCCAUCCUGCUGUCGGUGGUGUGUGUUGUCCUGGUGACGGCCUUCAACGACUGGUCCAAGGAGAAGCAGUUCCGCGGGCUGCAGAGUCGCAUCGAGCUGGAGCAGCGCUUCGCCGUGGUCCGCAACGGCACCGUCAUCCAGAUCCCCGUGGCCGACAUCGUGGUGGGGGACGUGGCCCAGGUCAAGUACGGUGACCUCCUGCCGGCCGACGGUAUUCUGAUCCAGGGUAACGACAUGAAGCUGGACGAGAGCUCCCUGACCGGCGAGUCCGACCACGUCAGCAAGUCUGCCGACAAGGACCCCAUGUUGUUGUCCCG